AUGUCUACAUUUCAAAAAUUACUCAAUCGUUUUCUUGGUCAAUUUGAAGGAUCUUACGAUCCAAAUAUUAAUUCUAAAAGUUCAAGUAAUUCUAAUCUAUCAACAUUUCAACGUAGUCGAUCAUUAUCAAAAGUUAUUAAUACACGACGACAACGUUCAUUUGAAGUAUUUAAAGGUACAUCUUGUUUAUCAUGUGGUGUUAAUGAACAUGAUCAACCAUUAUCAAUGAAUAAUAUUGAUAAACUUGUAUCCAUAUCACCAAAACAAGAAUAUAAUUUUGAAACAAAAUCUUUAGCUAAUAAUAAUAAUGAAAAUUCUGUUUCACAACAACAACAAAUUCGACAAAAAAGACGAGCCAAAACAAAAUUAAUUAUAAUACGUCAUGGAGAACGUGUUGAUGCUUUAUUUGGUGAUAAUUGGUUUCAACAAGCAUUUGAUGGAACAGGAAACUAUCGACGUUUUCAUACAAAUUUACCAAUUAGUUUACCAUAUAGACAAAAUUUUCAAGAUUAUCGAUAUGAUCCACCAUUAACUGAACUUGGUUUAAUACGUUCAUUUAGAACAGGUGAAGCACUUUAUCGUACAGGUCUUCGUAUUGAUUAUUGUUAUUCAUCUCCAUCAUUACGUUGUAUUCAAACAGCUGAUGCUAUUCUUGAUGGAAUGAAAUUACGUACAUUAGUACCAAUACGUAUUGAAUUAGGUCUAUUUGAAUGUGGUCUAUGGCAUAAAGGUGUUAUACCACAUUUUAUGUCAAUCAAUGAACUUGUUCUUAAUCGUUUAAAUAUUGAAACAUCAUAUAAUAGUAUGCAAAAAUCUUUAUCAACAGAUGAAAAUGAGCAUGAUUAUUAUGUACGAUCAUAUACAAUAAUGCGUCAAAUCUUAUCGAAACAUGAUACAAAUGAUAUGACUAUAUUAUUUAUUGGCCAUGCACCAUCAUUAGAAACUUUAACAAGACAAUUAAUUGGUGCACAACCAAGACCUACUGAAUUAACACAAAUAGCACAAAAAAUCAAUUAUCUUUCAUUGACAAUACUUGAAGGACAAAGAAAUUCAUGGACAUUUGUUGAUGCUAUACUUGCCAAACAAUUUUGA